CAGAAACGAGCUGCUGGAUGUAGAAGGAAACUAAGUGGUGCACACGGAAAAUGCCUCUAAGGGACAAGUGUUGCCAGACUGACCACCAUCACCAUGGAUGCUGUGAACCAGUGCAUCUGUUGGAACCUGGUGAUCCUCCAUUAUUACAGCAGCCUCUGCAAACAUCAAAAUCUGGUAUUCAACAAAUCAUUGAGUGUUUUCGAUCAGGAACUAAACAACUUAAACAUAUCUUGUUAAAAGAUGUGGACACUAUUUUUGAGUGUAAAUUGUGCCGGAGUCUCUUCAGAGGAUUACCAAAUUUAAUUACUCAUAAAAAGUUUUAUUGUCCUCCAAGUCUCCAGAUGGAUGACAACCUUCCAGAUAUAAACGAUAAACAGAGUCAAGCCAUAAAUGACCUUCUGGAAGCAAUCUAUCCAAGGGUAGAUAAGCAAGAAUAUGUAAUUAAAUUGGAACCUAUAGAAACUAAUCAGAAUGCUGUAUUUCAAUAUGUAUCAAGGACUGAUAGCCCAGAUGAGAACACAGAAAGUAGUAGUACCCCUGAUCAAGCUCCAGUACAGAUACAGGAACCCAGCACUGAGCAACCCAAGACUGUUUCAGCUCCAGCCCCAGUCCCAGCUGGGGACACUGUAGAAUUACCUCCUGCUGAUCCUGUUACAAACAAAGUGAUACCUACUCCUGAAGAACAGCCUCCAGCAGAAAGUGUUGAGGUGGACUCUCUGGAUAAUUCUGAUUUUGGCCACCAGUUGAUAUGUUGCCUUUGUAGGAAAGAAUUUCAUUCCAGACGCAGUGUACGCCGGCACAUUCGAAAAGUGCACAAAAAAAAGAUGGAAGAGCUAAAGAAGUACAUAGAAACAAAAAAGAAACCAAAUCAAUGCUCUGCAAAAGGACGAAAUAAGAAUGUUCUUGUAGCAUUAGGUAGAAGUUGUCCCGUAUGUUAUAAAUCAUUUGCUACAAAAGCCAACGUAAGGAGGCAUUUUGAUGAAGUUCAUAGAGGAUUAAGAAGGGAUUCCAUUACUCCUGAUAUAGCUACAAAGCCUGGGCAACCUUUGUUCUUGGAUACAGUUUCUGCUAAAAAAUCUUUUAAGACCCGGAAACAAAAGUCGUCUUCAAAGGCUGAAUACAAUUUAACUGCAUGCAAAUGCCUUCUGUGCAAGAGAAAAUAUAGUUCACAAAUAAUGCUGAAAAGGCACAUGCAAAUUGUUCACAAGAUAACUCUUUCUGGAAAGAACUCUAAAAGAGAGAAAGGACCCAACAAUACUGCCAAUGGCACAGAAAUAAAAGUAAAAGUUGAACCAGCAGAUUCUGUAGAACCUUCACCCCCUUCCAUUGCCCUUUCUCCGCAGAAUGAAUUAAAGGGAACAAAUCAUUCAAAUGAGAAAAAGAGUACACCGUCAGCACAGAAAAAUAAAGUUAAACAGGACCCUGAAAACCUUAAAUCAACCACUAAAUCAACCUCUAAAUCAACCAAUGCAUCUGCUGCAGGUGGCCAGCAAAAAACCAGGAAGCCAAAACUUUCAGCUGGCUUUGACUUCAAGCAGCUUUACUGUAAACUCUGUAAACGCCAAUUUACUUCUAAACAGAACUUGACAAAACACAUUGAAUUACACACAGAUGGAAAUAACAUUUAUGUUAAAUACUACAGGUGUCCACUCUGCUCUUACGAGACACGUCGCAAACGUGAUGUGAUAAGGCAUAUAACUGUAGUUCAUAAAAAGUCACCGCGCUACCUUGGGAAAAUAACUGCAAGUUUAGAAAUUAGAGCAAUAAAAAAGCCAAUUGAUCUUGUUCUAAAUAAGGUGACAAAAAGGGGCCCUCAGAGGGAUGAAACAAAACAGAUUGUUUCAAAACAGGAUGUCACCUCUAAUUCUCCCAAUAAAAAGGAUGUAGGAGCUGAUGUUGGCAUUGAAGUAAAAGUAACAAAAAACUUUUCUCUGCACAGAUGCAAUAAAUGUGGGAAAGCAUUUGCCAGAAAAGCUUUCCUAGAACAUCAUAAGAAAACCCACAAAGCAAAUGUAUCUCAUUCACCUGAAGAAAAUAAAACCAAAGGCAGAAGUACAAGAUCUAAAGCUGUUGUCUGGUGA